AUGAUUAGAUGGAAACUUUUGAAAGAGACUUCUAAGUUAUCAGCAAAUGUGAACAGACACCUUCAUAGUUCAAGGCUGUAUGUCAGUUACCCUCCAAGAAAGUCAUAUUCAGCAAACUUAACCCCAUUGCAAGUUUUUUGGAAUCGAAGAGUUCCAAUAAAUUUCAAAUAUUUUAGCUUGAUAGGUGCUUCGGCGUGGGGAUUGACUCAUAUACAUCCUAAUAUUAUUGUAACAUUGGGUCCACCUAUUGCAUUAGGUGCUUGGUAUUCGUAUAAAAAGUGGAUAGCGAAACAAAGGAAAGUGGAAAUUGGGAAGAUCAUACCAAGAUCAAAAUCUGAAAUUACCCUUCAAGGAGAUAAGGUUGAGAUCUUAGUUUACGAUGAAAGCGAUAUCUUCAAUGUUUUACAUAACCUUGAAAACCAAUACGACCAUUUUAAAAUCCAGGUGAUCGACUUGAUAGAGAGGAGGAUUAUUGAUUACAUUACUUUAAAUAACGAUGAGUCGGCUCAAAAUUUUUCCCUAUUGAUAGAUGAGAAUAACCAAUUUUGUUUUAAUCUUGAACCCAAUGACAUCGAAACUUUCAUCCUGACGAAGGUUCCCUUUCCCAAAUUUGAGGACGAUGGUCGAGUUUUGCCGAGCUCAAAUGAUAAUUUAGACAUGGUGGACUAUAUAAAGUUAUCUUUGCCAGUAUUCACUAGUAAGGAUGUAAGUUCAAGAAAACGGGUGGGUACCAUUGAAGCUUAUAUGCUCGAAAUACCGUGUGAAAGUCCUCGAGACUACAGUGAGUAUUCUAUGCUAAUAAAGUUUACACCAUUUGCUUCAUUCCGCAGAAGCUCAGGAGCUUUCGAAGUUAGGAACAUUAGAGAUAGAGGGGUUUACCAAAGCCAGCUCUUGAAAGAGGUUCGCUCAAGAACAAAAGGGGGCUCCGAGGAAGAUCCUGAACAUGAAAUUACUGUAAAUAUAUAA